AACAGAAAUGUGACACUUUCAAUCACAACACUCAAACAGAAUAACACAAAAAAAAAAAAAAACAAAAUAAAGCAAAAAACAAAAAAAAAUGGUUUCCAAAAAGAGAAAAAAUUCUGAAGAUGAUAAGAAGAAGGAAGCCUGUUUUGAGUCCGAUCCAUAUGAGCUUAAAUUUCCAUUGCCGGAGCAGCUCGAUCCGUCCCAAUGCCGCGAUGAAUUCAUCAGCACAAUCAUCAGGGAGCACGAGAUCCGGGCGAGUUCUCUGAGGCCCAAAUCAAUGGUUCAGGAUACUUCGGACUUCGAGAGUCUCCAGGAGGACACGGAUCAGGGGCCCGAAAAGGGGGCAGAGGCUAUGGUGGUGCGACAGUUGGUGAGUCAACGCAGGAGGGGAAGUUUUCGGAAGACGAAGGAAGAGAUCUUGGAGAACAUUAGGUUGCGGUCGACCAUGAUGACUGACCUGAAUCUGAAAUGCCAGAAGGCGGCCAUCGAGUUCCUGUCGGUUCGCCUGCUAAAGCAGUUGCGCCUCUUUUCGAGUCCCUGGCCUGGUGACACGGGGGAUAUCCCUUACAACCUCUUCAGCUGGUCGAUGGACGACUUCCUGAUGCGCGUGACCAUGAAACAGGUCUACCUUGACGUCAUCAAUCGGGAGCGAAGUGCGGAGGAUCUGGACUGCCUCAAGUUCUGCAAGGACUUGGGUCAGAUCGAACUUCUUAUAUACGAGAUCAGAGAGGACUAUCGCCUUGAUAGGGAUCUAUGCCAAAACAGCAUAGAAUUGUUAAAAAGUGCCCAGUACAACACUAACGCACCUUGGGUCAAUACCCUCAAUGAUAAUCUUAACAACAUGAAAUCCAGUUCUUUAACCGCUAGGCUUUUUCACCAAAGUAGCACCUUUAACCUGGUAUUACGUCACUCAUCGGCAAUGGGAACCUUUGAAAGCGAGUCAGCUCAGGAUCCGAUUGAAAUGCGGUAUCAAAUCAAUUGGAUUAGAAGCUGCACGGAUCAGCGUCUCUUCCGGAUAAACGGAAGGGAGGAGAAGAUGAGAAAGGAACUACAUGACCUAGAGUUACAAGCACUGCAGGAUGAAACGGUGCGUAAUUCCUCCGAGCUCAUAUAUUCGCUGGAGGUGGGAAAGCUUAGGGAAAGCGUUAGAAAGUGGCAGGAGCGACUUGAUACCGAUUUGGAGAACGCCGACGUCAUGUGCACGGUAUCAAGGCUCGCACUGCAAAAGGUAAAGGACGAUAUCAAGUUCUACAUGGAGCAGAAGGACAUGUAUCUAAAGCGAAUUGCCGAAGUGCAAGGCAUAAUAGAUGAGGAAGCAAAGCAGCGUAAUCCGGGGAUAUUUGGUUCUACCGAAAGCCGAUUGUCCAGGAGGUCGGUAAGAAUAUCCAGAAGUUCUGAGAGGAAGUCGCAGAGGAAGUCGCAGAGGAAGUCGCAGAGGAAGUCUGAUAAAAUGACAGGACGAAAGUCUGAAAGGCUUUCUGAGAGACGAUCUGAAAGAAAGUCCAGAAAUUCCAAAGUGCAAUAGAUAUUCUCCGAUUUGGUCUCCUUCAAUUUACAUGAAUGUUUGCAAUUUACCAAGAAUACAUUAAACAUUUCUUAAACGUUAGAAUGACUUCUUCAUC